CCGGGACCCAGACGCGCGAAAGAAGUCGAGGAAGAGGAAGAUCGCAUGGACGAGAGGAUGGACGAGCGGCCGGUCGUCGCCCUCGGGUCUCUUCCGCCCCAUGUAGAUGGACCCGUCAUGGGCUACGUCAAGGUCCGGAUCAAGGUCCGCGCCGAUGGACCAUGGCUCGUCCGCGUGCGAUGGUGGGGCGCCAUGACCAAGCACGAGAAGGGUGACCUGCUCCGCGAGGGGCAGACGCUGGCGUUCCCCGUCCAUGUCUCCCGCGACCGCUUCGCCAAGUACCUCUCCGACAUGGGACCGCUGCGGCUGGACGUCGUCGACAAGGCGACGCAUCAGGUCGUCGGGCGCGCCGAGGUCAGCUUGAGCCUCGUCGAGAUGGAGACGCCCGGUCUCGAGAAGGAAGCCCCCAUCGUACGCAAGUCGACGUUCCAAGUGCGAGGCGUAUUGCAGCUCUCAGCAACGCUGUUGUGGGGCGACGACGACACGCCGAUCCCAAUGCCAUCAACGGUCACCGUGCGCAGGAACCGCGACCUCGUGUUGCCACCGCGACUGGUUCCGGUGCGCGACAGCAGCUCGAGAACGCCGUCGACCGACAACUCGGACACGUACGAGCAUGUGUAUGAGAAGGACAAAUACGGCCACGAGGCCGCGCGACGAGAGCCGUCGCCCGUCACGUCUCGCCUCGACGCGCUCGUCAAGAAGGGCGAGGCGCUCAAGAAGGCGAUGCAGCAAGCCAUCAACGCGCCGAUGGAAACAAGCACUUUGACGCACCAUGAUGUGGCCACAGUGCUCGCGACCGCCAAGAGUCUCGGUCCCAACGACGCUCCGAGCUACUCGUGGCGCAGCCUUGUCGACCAGUACACCAACGACGACACUUUUGCUCUUCGAGCGUCGGCCUCGCCACGCCGACCAGCCAUUGCACCGCUACCUGUACCUGCCACACCCGAGCCCGUGAUGCGAUUGGACCUCGAGUGUGCACUGUACGUGUCCUACGUGGACGGCCUCGUCGUCUCGCAUGGUUGCAUGAACCUACAUCUCUCGGUCAAGAUGCCUUGGUCGCCAGUUGUCACAAGCGUCCAAAAGCGAGUUCGAGGCCCAAGAGUGCAUCGCCGCAACGUCGCUUUUUGCGCCCGAGGAUCUAUGGACGAAGUGCAUGUCGCCGAUGUGCGCACCAAAGCAGUGGUGCUCGAAGUGUGGCAGCAAGCACAAGCAAGCACACUUAUGGGGCUUGUCAAGCUCCCUUUGCUUGGCGUCGAAGACUCCUUGGAAUGCGACGCGGGAUCGGUGUUGGAUGUCGUCUUUGACGGAAACGCCCCGAUCGUCAACCUCUUUGAUGUUGCCACUGUUGGUCACGUGACAUGUCAACUUGCUGUGGGCUCGUCCUUGCAGAUUGACGCAUGGCUUGCACGAUUUCGAUGUGCCGUGCGACUUCAAUCGCUCUACCGUGGGUGGCGAGUCCGCAAACAACACAAGCCACGGCGGCCACCACUGUCGCUGGCCGACAAGGAGACGGCUGCCCGUGUGCUCCAACGAGCACUGCGUGCUUGGCGACAACGAGUACCAGACCCUGCACCAAACACUUGGGCGUGGGAAAGCCUCACGCUCACAGACAACGUUUCGGCCGACAAGUUCGAGCUGGCGCUCGACGUGGCACCUACAGACAACGAAGAACAUGUCGUGGUCGCAGCUCCAUCGAGUGUCGACGUCAAUGAGUCGCGGUCCGCCUUGAACGACGUCGUGCUUGAGCUGCUCGAUGCGAUCGAGGGUGAUGGCCUCGAUGACGUUGCCCCCAAUGCCAAGGACCCUGUUGCUGCUUUCACAGACACGACGCUUACGGAAGACACCGUGCCGCCGCCGUCUUUGUUGGACGAUGCUGAUGCAGCCAUCGCUCUCUUGAACCCAAAGACGCAGCUCCGUCUCGACGACAGUGUUUCUUUCCCCGCAAAAAGCUGCGAUGUCGAAGCUGGCGUCAACUCGCUACCAGACACAAGCCCCAUGUACCACAAAUGGACACUCUCGUUGCGCGAACCGUUCGGCGGCAGCACAGCCGCGGGUCUUGGUUGCGAGCUCCGGUACACGUUCGACGAUGCUCUGUGCUCCAUGUGGUGGGAUGCCACGAAUGCGUCGUGGAGCUCCGUGAACGAGCACGUCGGUCGAUCCUCCUCCGUCGCUCUCGAUGUGGAGCUGUGGUGGCAGCCAAGCAUGACGUCAGUGCUGCGUUGCAUUGGCCGCGCGCACGUCGUCCUUGACGCAUCGGCGCUCCCCGAUGCGGUGCCCAUCCAAUGGGACUUGACGCACUUCCAAGCACGCGUUCCGGCCCUUCCGUUGCGCGUUGUACAUUCGCUCGAGGCAUCCGAACCGCGUGCCGGCGCCAGUCUCGAGACCAAGUCGACGUCGUCCAAAUUGCUGCCGGCCACGUCGAUGCUCACGGUGCGCAUUGGCUCCUUUCAGCUCGCCUCUGCGUCCGUGGCCAGUGUCCAAGUACAGUGCGCGCUCUGCGUCGGCGAUGCCGUCGACGACGACGCCACUUCGGUGGCGUUCGACUCGGAGAGAGGCAAGUGGAUGUCGCGCCAGCUCUCGCCGCUCCUCGCACCGACGUCCUACUACACGUUUCAAGAGCACUUGACGAUUCAUGCUGCACUGCUUGACAGCAUGGCGGUCGACGACGUGGUCCUCGACGUGUGGCACGUCGCAUCCGGGAAAGACCUCACAUACCUUGGCGCUGUCGCAAUUCCGCUGGCCUCACUUCUCUUUCGGACGCAAGGCAUCAAAGGCGUAUUCCCACUCCUUCGAGUUCCUACAACGACGCCUCAGACAGUGCUGACACCAGCGCGGGAACCCCGGCUCCGUGCUGUCGGAAUGACGCGCCAAGAUCCGUCAUCCCGUCCCACCCCGGAAGUCGUCGCCGACGACAGGGUUCCCUUCAGCAAGCCGGAGGUCGUGCAAGCAGAGUCUCGGGAGCUGGACGAAACCCACGUUACCCACGUUGAUAACGACAGUGUUGUAUCCAUCCUACAAGCUCGCCACUUGGACGUGCAAGGCCAUGGUACUGCGUCGUUUCUCGCAAGUGUUCAAGUGGAGUGGGGCUCGCUGCGUCAGACAACUAAACAAGUGCCCGUGACGACCGCGCUCGCCUUCGACUUUUCAUGCAGUGCCAACUUUGUUCGACAACGAGAGGCACCGCUGGUGUUUGCACUGUGGCUGCACGAUGCGUCGUCGUUCGAGUCGCCGCGGCGCCUUGGUCAAGCCGUCGUCGACCUCGCGCUCUUGAAAUGGACACCUGAAGUGUGCGGGUGGUACCACAUUAUCGAUGCCACGCAACAGUACCGCGGCCAGCUCCAACUCCGCAUUCAAAAGACGGUCCUCGAGAGUGUGGAGUCGGUCGUCGUACCCGUGUCAAAUGCCGCCGUGCCUACCGACAUCGAGACCGACUCGUGGCAACUCCUUCAAAAAGUACAGCGCGAUCUCGCCGACAUUGAUCAACGGCUCAACCACGUCACGAUCACGUCGCCAGAUGAAGCGUGCCAGCAACGAUCGCCGCCUGCGUCACCGCCAGCAUCUCCGCCUGCAUCCCCAUCACGGGUGUUGCUGGCGUCACCCAAAUCGUCACCAGCUGCGUCACCAGAGCCAUCACCAACUGCAUCGCCACUGCCAUCGCCAUCGACGUCCCCGCGAGGGUUGCCUCCGGUCUCAGAGACUGCAGAAAACGAGCACGUCGUCAGUGGUCAUUGGAGCGACUCGGAGUCGGAGUUUGACAUGACGGCUCUCGACGUGCACAUGAAUGGUAUGGACGAUAUGGUGGACGACAUUGAAGCCGUUGAUGCUACGGGCGAGGCUGCGCUCGUCGACGAGAGUGGCUGGGACGACAACAGCGCGGCCGUGCUAUCGGACGCUCCGGUCGAUCGCUCGGAUGGGUCUUGCGAUGACGUCGACUUGUCAGCGCUCAGCCUGUUUGCGCCGCCGACCUUCGAAGCUCGUCAAGACGACGUGCUCGAGGAGUGUGACACACUCAUGGGAUCGGUCGUGGCCGACGUUCCGAGCACUCCAGCAGCAUCUGAGGACGAAGACGAUGACUACGCAGCGUUGGCAGCGUUGCUGGCCCCUCCCAUCGAGAGCGCGCCCGCAUCACCCGUGGCCGAUCUGGACGUGUGCUUGUGGUCUGGUGGUAGCCGGCCAGCGUCCGAAAAGUCCCACGCCGUUGACGACGAUGUACUCAGGACGGUCUUGGAGACAAUGCAAGAUAUCAAGCUCCAGCUAGCCGCGCUCACGUCCUUGACGACACCAAGCUGCUCGGCGUGCGCGAGCCCCGUCAAGCCUUCCCCGCCACUUCUGGUCGAACCUUGA